GUGGAUGUUGCUGUUCCGAAGAUACAAGGUGAUUUGAAAGGUCCUGAAUUUGAUCUUAAAGGCCCCAAAGUUGACCUUGAUGCACCAGAUGUGGAUAUUCACGGCCCAGAGGGUAAACUCAAAAUGCCUAAACUGAAAAUGCCUAAAUUUGGUAUACCUGGCUUGAAAGGGGAGGGACCAGAUGUCGAUAUAGCACUUCCAAAGGGAGAGGUGGAUAUUUCUGAUCCCAAGAUAGACAUAGAUGCUCCAGGUUUGAACAUUGAAGGGCCUGAAGGACACCUGAAAGGUCCCAAAUUUAAGAUGCCUGAAAUGCACAUCAAGACACCAAAAAUCUCCAUGCCAGACAUCGACUUGAAUCUGAAAGGCCCUAAGCUGAAGGGAGAUGUAGAUGUUUCUGUUCCAAAGCUGGAAGGGGAAUUGAAAGCUCCUGGAAUUGACAUUAAAGGCCCCAAAGUGGAUAUUGAUGCACCAAAUGUGGAUAUUCACGGCCCAGACGGUAAACUGAAAAUGCCUAAACUGAAAAUGCCUAAAUUUGGUGUACCUGGGCUGAAAGGGGAGGGACCAGACAUGGAUAUAACAUUUCCAAAAGGGGAUGUGGGUAUUUCUGGUCCCAAAGUGGACAUUGAUAUCCCAAGUUUAGACAUUGAAGGGCCAGAAGGUAAAGUGAAAGGUCCAAAGUUUAAACUGCCUGAGCUAAAUAUUCAGACACCCAAAGUCUCCAUGCCAGAUGUGGACCUAGGUUUGAAGGCACCUAAACUGAAAGGAGAUGUGGAUAUCUCUGUUCCAAAGAUGGAAGGUGAUUUGAAAGGACCCAGCAUUGACGUUAAGGGGCCCCAAAUUGAUAUUGAAGGUCCCCAAAUGGAUAUUGAUGUGCCUGAUAUGGACUUGGAAUGUCCAGAAGGCAAACUGAAAGGCCCCAAAUUUAGGAUGCCUAAAAUGAAUAUCAAGGCCCCUAAAAUCUCCAUGCCAGAUGUUGAUCUGAAUCUAAAGGCACCUAAACUGAAAGGAGAGAUGGAUGUUUCUGUUCCAAAGAUGGGAGGUGAUUUUAAAGGACCCAGCAUUGACAUUAAAGGUCCCAAAGUUGACGCUGAUGUUGACCUUGAAUGUCCAGAAGCCAAAUUGAAAAUGCCAAAAAUGAAAUUUCCAAAGUUCGGCAUGCCUGGAUUCAAAGGAGAGGGCCCUGACAUGGAUGUGAAACUCCCUAAGGGACAGGUGGAUAUUUGCGGUCCCAAAGUGGAUAUUGAUGCUCCAGGUUUGGACAUUGAGGGACCGGAAGGAAAAAUAAAAGGUCCCAAAUUUAAGAUGCCUGAAAUGCAUAUCAAGACCCCUAAAAUCUCCAUGCCAGACAUUGACCUAAAUUUGAAAGGUCCCAAACUAAAAGGAGACGUGGAUGUUUCUAUUCCAAAGCUAGAAGGUGAUUUGAAAGGUCCUGAUGUUGACAUCAAUGCCCCCUCAAUAGAUAUUAAUGCACCAGAUAUUGAGCUGCAGGGUUCAGGUGGAAAACUGAAAAUGCCCAAAAUGAAGAUGCCUCAAUUUAAUGUGUCAGGCCCUAAACUUGAAGGACCUGAUAUAGAUGUAAAUGUGCCAAAGGGAGAGGUUGAUAUUUCAGCUCCCAAAGUAGAUAUAGAGGCUCCAGAGCUGGACAUUGAAGGCCCAGAAGGCAAAUGGAAAGGACCUAAAUUUAAAAUGCCUAAACUGAAUAUUAAAGCACCUAAAAUCUCCAUGCCAGAUGUAGACCUGAAUCUCAAGGCACCGAAAAUGAAGGGGGAGAUGGAUGUUACUGUUCCAAAGAUAGAAGGUGAUUUGACAGGACCUGAAAUUGAUAUUAAAGGGCCAAAAUUAAACAUUGAGGCACCUGAUGUGGAUCUUGAGUGUCCUGAAGGAAAACUGAAAGGGCCCAAAUUCUCAAUGCCUUCUUGGAAAAUGUCACCAUCAAAAAUAUCCAUGCCAGAUGUGGACUUAAAUUUGAAAGGGCCCAAACUGAAGGGAGACUUGGAUGUUUCUGUCCCAAAGAUAGAAGGUGACUUGAAGGGACCUGAGAUUGACAUCAAAGGCCCCAAACUGGACAUUGAUGCACCUGACAUCGGCAUUGAUGGGCCAGAAGGAAAAAUGAAAGGUCCCAAAUUUAAAAUGCCUGAAAUGCACAUCAAGGCCCCAAAAAUCUCUGUUCCUGAUGUAGACCUGAAUUUAAAAGCCCCUAAAAUAAAAGGGGAAGUUGAUAUCUCAGCUCCUAAACUUGAAGGAAAUUUGAAAGGUCCUGAUUUUGAUUUCAAAGGCCCCAAGGUUGAUAUUGAUGCACCAGAUGCGGAUAUUCAUGGCCCAGAUGGUAAAUUCAGAAUGCCCAAAUUCAAAAUGCCCAAAUUCAGCAUGCCUGGGUUCAAAGGAGAGGGACCAGAGGUGGAUGUGAAUCUUCCAAAAGGGGAGAUGGAUAUUUCUGGUCCUAAGAUAGACAUUGAUGCUCCAGAGUUGGAUAUUGAAGGUCCUGAAGGAAGGCUGAAAGGUCCUAAAUUUAAGAUGCCUGAAAUGCACAUCAAAGCGCCUAAAAUCUCCAUGCCAGACAUUGAUUUGAAUGUGAAAGGUCCUAAAUUGAAGGGGGAUGUGGAUGUUUCUGUUCCAAAGCUAGAAGGUGACUUGGAGGGGCCUGAAUUUCAUCUCCAAGGCCCCAAAGUUGACAUUGAUGCACCAGAUGUGGAUAUUCACGGCCCAGAGGGUAAACUCAAAAUGCCUAAAUUCAAAAUGCCCAAAUUUGGCAUACCUGGGUUCAAAGGGGAAGGCCCUGAUGUGGAUGUAAAACUUCCAAAGGGGGACGUGGAUAUUUCUGGGCCCAAGGUAGACAUGGAUGCCCCAGAUUUGAACAUUGAAGGUCCAGAGGGAAAGCUGAAAGGUCCCAAAUUUAAGAUGCCUGAAAUGCACGUCAAGGCACCUAAAAUCUCCAUGCCAGAUUUUGAUUUGAACCUGAAAGGACCUAAAAUGAGGGGGGAUGUGGAUGUUUCUGUACCAAAGCUAGAAGGGGAUUUUAAAGGGCCCGAGUUUGAUAUCAAAGGUCCCAAAGUGGACAUUGAUACUCCAGAUCUUGAUAUUGAAGGUCCUGAAGGAAAAUGGAAGAGCCCCAAAUUUAAGAUGCCUGAAAUGCACAUCAAGGCACCUAAA